CGACAUAGAGGGGUAAAGAGAGGAUCACUGCGGGCCAUCAUCAUUCAGACGAUUCCCCGACUGAGUUGCCCCUAAUGUAUUUGGUUUUAUAACUCCAGCACUUGGGUCCGGUGGGCUUCCUAUCCACGCCUCUUCACUAUGGGUGCUUAUGAUGACCCCCUCGGAUCCAUUCUCAUCGGAACAUGGGUAUCAUCCUUACUGUUCAUGCUCAUUAUCCAAGAGACGAUAAAAUAUUACCGAUCGUUCAGAAGGGACAGCCUGGUACUCAAAGUCUUCGUUGGCGUUGCUAUCACUGUCGAUGCAUUGUCGCUCAUUGCUGACUAUGCUGACGUGUAUUUGAACACAAUCACGCACUGGGGCGACAAGGAAUUCAUCCUGAAUCAAUACUGGCCCGUAACGUUGUAUUUAUCCACCACCUCUUUCACUGGAUUCCUAGUCCAAUCUUUUCUCGUCAACCGAUACUGGAUUUUGACGAGAAACAUUGUUGUGGUUUCUGUCCUCGUACUACUCGUCAUCGUAGCGUUCGGUGGCUCUUUGGCGACCGCAAUAAUGCUCACCAUUUAUAAUGCGUAUGCUGAACGAGGCCACGCCAAGGUCCCUGUUACUCUGUGGCUUACCUCGACCGCAGUGACGGAUAUAUCUAUCGCAGCUGUUCUCAUAUGGCAAUUGUACAACAUGAAAACGUCCUUCAAAGCCACUGAGGGUUUAAUUCAACGUCUCAUACGAUCUGCCAUGCAAACUGGUUCCACGACAUCAAUUGUCGCCGUUGUAGUUCUUAUCACAUAUCUAGUCAACAAUGAGAGCAACAUUGAAACUGGUUUUGCGUUCAUUCUUGGCCGGCUCUAUAUUCUCACUUUGCUGUACAACCUCAACGUCCGGAAAGUUUCCAAGAAAUCCAACGCAGCCUCUUCGGAUCGUGAAUAUCGUGCCGAAAGAGCCAACAAUCCCACGUUCACAUUUGACGGCAUCCACGUUCAACACACAGCUGUGGUCCACAUGGACUCGAUUGAUGACGGUUUAGCAUUACCGAGCAUCUACAAGGCACAGACUAUCUAUUUCUCAGGACCUGACGAGGACGGACGAUGACAAUAAUAAGAACAAAUCCGAAGGAGGAUCUGAUCAAGGAUCUUACGCUGCAAAUUCUGCCAUCGAUAUUGUGUAAACGGUUAAAACAGGCGCUGAAUUGCUGACCUCUGCUGACGCUCUGACACUUCAACUGUAUCCAUACUUUGUCUAUACUCCGUGCCUGAUUCCUGUUUUUUUUUUUAAAUUUAUCAUCAUCAUCAUUACGCGG